AUGGAGCCGGGAGAGGGGAGCAGUCAGCAGAAAAGGCAAGUGCUGCUUUUCUUUGUUUUCCUGGCAGGUUGUCUAAUGGGUUCUGAGACAUUGCGAUAUUCUGUGAUGGAGGAAAUGGAGAUUGGCUCCUUUAUAGCCAAUGUAGUGAAAGACAUGGGUUUGGAUGUGGAAAACCUGGCUGCACGCAGGGCCAGAGUCCUUUUUGAUGACUAUACACCACAUUUGCAGUUGGAUCUGCACACUGGCAACUUGUUCGUAAAUAAGCAACUGGAUCGGGAGGCACUUUGCGAUCUCACUGAGCCAUGUGUUUUGAAUUUCCAAGUGUUAUUUGAAAAUCCUUUGCAAUUUUUUCGGGCUGAGCUUUGGGUCAAAGAUAUAAAUGAUCACACUCCCACAUUCUUAGACAGGCAUAUACUUCUGAAAAUCCCAGAAAGUACUGCUCCAGGAAGCUUGUUUCAAAUGCAGAGUGCUCAAGACUUGGAUGCAGGAAAGAAUGGUAUCCAAAACUACACAAUCAGCCCCAAUCCCCAUUUCCACCUUAAAUUACAGGACAAUGGUGAGGGCAGAAAAUACCCAGAGCUGGUGCUGGACCAGCCUCUGGAUAGAGAAAAGGAGCCUGAGCUUAGUUUCACAGUAACAGCCUUGGAUGGCGGAUCUCCUCCCAGGACUGGGACUGCACUUGUUCGUAUUGUUGUCCUGGAUGUCAAUGACAACGCCCCCCAGUUUGAUAGGCCAGUCUAUGAAGUUCAAGUACCAGAGAACAGCCCUCUGAAUUCCUUGAUCAUCACAGUAUCUGCUACAGACAUAGAUGCAGGAAUAAAUGGAGAACUAUCUUAUUCAUUUUCCCACGUCUCCAGAGACAUACAGAAAACUUUUGAAAUUCAUCCAAUUUCUGGUGAAGUUAGUUUAAAAGCACUUCUGGAUUUUGAGUUAAUUCAGUCUUAUACAAUAAAUAUUCAGGCCAUUGAUGGUGGAAGCCUUUCUGGAAAAUCGACCGUUCUAGUUAAGGUUGUAGAUGUGAAUGACAAUGCACCAGAAAUAGCCAUGACAUCGCUUACCAGCCCCAUACCGGAAAACUCUCCAUCUGAGAUGGUGGUCGCGGUUUUCAGAGUACGAGACAAAGACACUGGUGACAAUGGGAAUAUGAUUUGCUCAAUUCAGGACAAUCUCCCCUUUCUCCUGAAGCCUACCUUCAAGAAUUUCUACACCUUAGUCAUAGAGCAACCACUUGACAGAGAGACCAGCACAAAAUAUAACAUCACCAUCACUGUCACUGAUUUGGGUAACCCCAGACUGAAAACCGAGCACAAUAUAACCGUGUUGGUAUCAGACAUCAAUGACAACGCUCCCACUUUCGCCCAAAACUCCUAUACACUGUUCAUCCAGGAGAACAACAGCCCUGCCCUGCACAUUGGCAGAGUGUGCGCCACAGAUAGGGACUCAGGAACCAACGCCCAAAUCACCUACUCGCUGCUGCCGCCCCAGGACACACAUUUCUCCCUCACCUCUUUGGUUUCUAUCAACGCAGACAACGGGCAUCUAUUCGCUCUGAGGUCGCUGGAUUAUGAGGCCCUGAGAGCUUUCGAAUUCCGCGUGGGCGCGGUAGACGCAGGGUCCCCAGCUCUGAGCAGCGAGGCCCUGGUGAGGGUGGUGAUUGUGGACGAAAACGACAACUCGCCCUUUGUGCUGUACCCGCUGCAGAACGGCUCCGCGCCCUGCACCGAGCUGGUGCCCAGGGCGGCCGAAGCGGGCUACCUGGUGACCAAGGUGGUGGCAGUGGAUGGCGAUUCGGGCCAGAACGCUUGGCUGUCCUACCAGCUGCUCAAGGCCACGGAGCCCGGGCUGUUCAGCGUGUGGGCGCACAAUGGCGAGGUGCGCACCGCCAGGCUGCUGAGCGAGCGCGACGCGACCAAGCACAGACUCGUCGUGCUGGUGAAGGACAAUGGUGAGCCGCCAAUGUCGGCCUCUGUCACGCUGCACGUGCUCCUUGUAGACGGCUUCUCGCAGCCUUACCUGCCGCUCCCAGAGGUAGCCACGGACGAUGCCCAGGCCGACUCGCUUACUGUCUACUUGGUCAUUGCUUUGGCGUCGAUCUCAUCGCUCUUCCUGUUCUUUGUGCUCCUGUUUGUGGCCGUGUGGCUGUGCAGGAGGAACAGGGCCAGCUCAGUGGAUCGCUGCUCUGUGCCUGAGGGCCACUUUCCCGGCCACUUGGUGGACUUAAGCGGCACUGGGACCCUGCCCCAGAGCUAUCAAUGCGAGGUGUUUCUGACAGGGGGUUCCAGGACAAAUGAGUUCAAGUUCUUGAAGCCAAUUAUCCCCAACUUCAUACCCCAGGGUGCUGAAAGGGAAAUGGAGGAAAAUUCCACCUUUCUUAAUGGCUUUGGAUUUAAUUAG